UUAUAUCUAGAAUAUUCCACUAUGAUAUAUUCCCACUAGAAAAUUCAGUAAUCGGAACACUGUACGUCUUUGUUCAAUGUUUUACUAUAAGUUACCGUUUAAUACAUAAAAUCGUCCAUUUUGUUCAAGAUCACUGUACAGAGCAACACUCUUGACAUUGUUACCAAGACUGUAAUCCAAUAUCUUAUUAUAUAUUUUUGUAAUUUAAAUUAAUUAUAUUAAAAAUGGCCAAAACUCCAGCUAUUGGUAUUGAUUUGGGUACCACCUAUUCUUGUGUUGGUGUGUUUCAACAUGGGAAAGUAGAAAUUAUUGCCAAUGACCAGGGAAACCGAACUACUCCUAGUUAUGUUGGUUUCACAGACACAGAACGUCUUAUUGGUGAUGCGGCCAAAAACCAAGUUGCCAUGAAUCCUAACAAUACUAUUUUUGAUGCAAAGAGAUUGAUUGGUAGACGUUUUGAUGAUACUACUGUGCAAGCUGAUAUGAAACAUUGGCCUUUUGAAGUAGUUUCUGAUGGUGGAAAACCUAAGAUAAGAAUUACAUACAAAGGAGAAAGCAAAACAUUCUCACCUGAAGAGGUAUCUUCAAUGGUUUUAACAAAAAUGAAGGAAACAGCUGAAGCUUAUUUAGGAAAAACUGUUACAAAUGCAGUUGUCACUGUUCCAGCUUACUUCAAUGACUCUCAGCGUCAAGCCACUAAAGAUUCUGGUACUAUUGCUGGCUUAAACGUUAUGCGUAUUAUUAAUGAACCUACAGCGGCUGCCAUUGCAUAUGGUUUAGACAAAAAGACAUCUGGAGAACGCAAUGUACUCAUCUUUGAUUUAGGUGGUGGUACUUUUGAUGUAUCCAUCUUGACCAUUGAAGAUGGUAUUUUUGAAGUAAAAUCUACUGCUGGUGAUACUCAUUUGGGUGGUGAAGAUUUUGAUAACAGGAUGGUAAAUCACUUUGUUCAAGAAUUCAAACGCAAAUACAAGAAGGAUGUCACUACUAACAAGAGAGCUUUGAGACGUUUAAGAACAGCUUGUGAAAGAGCAAAAAGAACUCUGUCAUCAUCCACUCAAGCCAGCAUUGAAAUUGACUCAUUGUUUGAGGGUAUUGAUUUUUACACAUCCAUCACUCGUGCCCGUUUUGAAGAGUUGAAUGCUGACCUCUUCAGAAGUACUAUGGAACCAGUUGAGAAAUCUUUAAGAGAUGCUAAGAUCGAUAAAUCAGCAAUCAAUGACAUUGUUCUUGUUGGGGGUUCUACUCGUAUUCCAAAAGUACAAAAAUUAUUGCAAGAUUUCUUUAACGGUAAAGAAUUGAACAAGUCUAUCAACCCAGAUGAAGCUGUUGCUUAUGGAGCUGCUGUACAAGCUGCAAUUUUGCACGGAGAUAAAUCAGAAGAAGUUCAAGAUUUACUCUUGCUUGAUGUUACUCCUUUGUCACUUGGUAUUGAAACAGCUGGAGGCGUGAUGACAGCUCUUAUUAAGCGUAAUACAACUAUCCCUACCAAGCAAACUCAGACCUUCACUACCUACUCUGACAACCAACCCGGAGUGCUUAUCCAAGUUUAUGAAGGAGAACGUGCUAUGACCAAAGAUAACAAUUUACUUGGUAAAUUUGAACUUACAGCUAUUCCCCCAGCACCUCGUGGUGUUCCUCAAAUUGAAGUUACUUUUGAUAUUGAUGCUAAUGGUAUUUUGAAUGUGAGUGCUAUUGAAAAGUCUACCAACAAAGAAAACAAGAUUACUAUUACUAAUGACAAAGGUCGUCUCAGCAAAGAAGAUAUUGAACGUAUGGUAAAUGAUGCUGAAAAAUACAAAGAAGAAGAUGAAGCCCAAAAGAAUGUUAUUGCAGCCAAAAAUAGUUUAGAAUCUUAUUGCUUUAACAUGAAGAGUACAAUGGAAGACGAUAAAAUUAAAGAUAAAAUUCCAGAAUCUGACAAAAGUACAAUAUUGGAUAAGGUGAAUGAAACUAUUAAAUGGUUAGAAGCUAACCAAUUAGCUGAUAAAGAAGAAUAUGAACACAAACAGAAAGAAUUAGAAGGUAUAUGCAACCCUAUCAUUACUAAAUUGUAUGCUGGUGCUGGAGGAGCUGGUGGUAUGCCUGGAGGAAUGCCUGGUGGUUUUCCGGGCGGUAUGCCUGGAGGUAUGCCAGGUGCUGGUGCUACUCCAGGAGGUGGUGCCGGUGCUGGACCAACUAUUGAAGAAGUUGAUUAAAUGUUUUGUCAUUACAUUCCAGUAUAUACUCACUUUUAAGAUAUUUGGUUUUUAUAUGUUACAAUCUUGUUGUAUAUUUUUGUAAUACAAAAGUAUGAAACUAUA